UUGUGCUUUCUAGUCGUGAAGGCCUUCUCUCUCCUCAAACGGCCUCAUCUUCCCACUCUUGCGUUAGCUCUUUCUGGCAAAACUUUUGAUCAGGCACAGUCCAUCAUUGAUAAACUUGGAGACGAAGCUAUUCCUACUCUGGCCAGCUUUGCCAAUUCUCAGUUCAACUACAUUCCUUUGGUCCUCGAAGUUAUGAAAAGGAAGCCAUUGGAAGCCAGGAUUGCUUUGGUAAACAGAAUUCUUGAUGUAGCUAAAACUAACAAAAUAUUGAUGCGUCCAUUAUUCAAUCUUCUCGAGGUAGCCGCAAAACCAGACAUGCAGGAGCAAGAGAAUUCAAAUUAUGACUGCCUUAAAGACCGACUAUCCAUUCCCAAUCAGGUCUUCCUGCGCGCUUUCUUGAAACUGCGCACCACCAAUCGCACCAUAACGGCAGGCUAUGCAACCGGGUCAGAUUAUUUUGAGUCAGUUUUCCCGGGUACUGCUCAUAGCGCCUUGCGCGACUCAGUAGUCAAGGCUACAAAAAUGGGCAAAAGUCAAGCACUCUAUGAAACACUGCUCUCGAUUCAGAAGUCCCAUCCCUCAAAGUUGCCGGCUGCAGUGGAUUCUGUCAUGCUUUUGCAAUUCCUUAUGUCUGGUCAUCGA